AUGUUGGAGUUUAUGGAUUAUGUGCAGUUUGCAUUCUACAAUGCGACGAAAUGGAACUAUGAGAAUUCAUACUCGCAGUUGACGGCUACUGCAAAAGGAUUACUUGACUUCGAAACUCCAGGCGGUCUACGAUUCAAUCUCUCCUCCCUUAGUUCUCCCAAUUUUGCGACUUCGUAUGCGCUAGGUAGCGUGGGUCUUGUGGAUGGGUCUCUCUCCUACCUCUAUUCUUCAUUACCCCUUCGCACCACCGCGCAAAGUGCAAAGAUUGACUUGCAUGAGAUAAUACGCGGGUAUCGACAAAUCCAAGAACUUAGAAGAGUCGACGAACCAUGGAUGUUGGAACAAUGGCACGGAGGUAGACGAAUUGACAAACGGGAUACGUUACUAUAUGGACGACUUUAUUUACCGCAGAGCACGCUUGAAGCGUUGUAUCUGAGAAGAAUUACUCCGACACAACAGGUGAGGAUUACGGCUGUCAGUGAUAGCAGAUUGAGGAAUGGAGGGACGAUAUUGGCGCUGCAUCAGUAUGACACCGGGAAAUAUAGUACGGAGACGUUGUAUUCGACCGAUGGAGGGUUAUUGGGAUUGAGGGGGUUAUACAAUUUUGGGCCGGAUCCCAGGAAGGAGGUUACGGAGCCGCCGAAACAGAUGCCGAGGAUCGAUGAUAAGUUUUAUGGACGAUUUAGUGCUGGGGCGGAGCUAUAUUAUGGAACGUUGAAUAAAUCGGGAGGUGUCAGUGUUGGGGGAAGAUUUGCGACAUUACCGGCGCAUAGAGGAAUUCCAUUGACAGCGACGUUGACGCUCAAUCCGUUGAUGGGAAACAUUAGUUCGACGUAUGCUGUGAGAGCAGGCAAAAACUUGUCUCUAUGUUCAAGGCUAGAUUUUAAUGUCUAUAGUUAUGAGAGCGACCUAGUCCUUGGAUGCGAAUUAUGGAAGAUGAGAGCACCGGUUGAGGAACGCAGAGAAAGGAGUAUGGAAGCAAAGCUUGCAUGGAGACUUGACGAGGUAGACCUAGAGAAAGAAAAGAAACCUGAGGAGGUCGCAGGGGUAUUGAAAGCGAGGGUUGAUCAAAAUUUGAAGGUGGGAUUGGUGUGGGAGGGGAGAGUCAAGGAGUUGCUGUUCACAUUAGGAACUUCGAUUGACAUGAAGAGAAGAGAUCAACCGUUCAGAGCCCUGGGACUGGAAUUGCAAUACUCUUCGUGA